AUGACCAACUCCUGCUGCUCCCCUUGCUACCUGCCUAUCUGCUGUAGGACCACCUGCUGCAGGACCACCUGCUGCAAACCAACCUGUAUGGCCAGCUGCUGCAAGCCCUGCUGUCAGCCCAGCUGCUGUGAUACCACAUGCUGCAGGACCACCUGCUGUAAGCCAACCUGUGUGAGCAGCUGCUGCCAGCCCUGCUGCCAGCCCAGCUGCUGUGAAACCACCUGCUGCAGGACCACCUGCUGCAAACCAACCUGUGUGAGCAGCUGCUGCCAGCCCUGCUGCCAGCCCAGCUGCUGUGAAACCACCUGCUGCAGGACCACCUGCUGCAAACCAACCUGUGUGGCAAGCUGCUGCAAACCCUGCCGUCAGCCCAGCUGCUGUGAAACCAUCUGCUGCAGGACCACCUGCUGUAAGCCAACCUGUGUGAGCAGCUGCUGCCAGCCCUGCUGUCAGCCCAGCUGCUGUGAAACCACCUGCUGCUGUAAGCCAACCUGUGUGACAAGCUGCUGCUACUCACCCUACUGCCAACCUAUCUGUGCUGAGUCCAGCUGCUGCCAGCCUAGCUGCUGCCCAACCUGCUCUUCUUGCUGUUAGCCUAGCUGUUAUAGAACCACCUGCUGCAGGACCACCUGCUGGAGACCAACCUGUGUUACAAGCUGCUGCCAGCCCAGCUGUUGUGGGUCCAGCUGCUGUGGCCAAAUUAACGCCAUCUGCAGCUUCUAGCAGCCCCGCUGCGAACCAGCUUGCUGUGAAACCAUGUGUUACAAGACCACCUGCUGCAAACCAACAGGUGACACCAGCUGCUGCCAGUUGCGCUGCCUCCCCAGGUGCUGCAUCACAUCCAGCUGCCUGCUCUGCUGUCAAUCAACCUGCUAUGAAGCCACUUGUUAUAAGACUACCUGUGUUAAACCAACUUGUGUGACCAGCUGCUGCGGUGAGCCCUGCUGCCAGCCCAGCUGCUGUGUGUCCCGCUGCUGCCAGCCCUGCUGCUCCUUCCUGAUCAAGUCCUCGAGAGACAAAUACCCUGGGAGACUCCCUGAGGGUCGAUUCACUGUUGUAAAUUCCUUCUAUGAAGCCAGUUUCACUCUACUACUCAAACCAGGAGACCAGCCCUCUACAUCUAACACCAUGACCCACUCCUGCUGUCUCUCUUGCUGCCAGCCUACCUGCUGCAGGGCCACCUGCUGGAGAACAAGCUGUGUGACCAGAUGCUGCAACCCCACUACAAUCCCAGCUGAUGUGAAUAUGUUGGCUGCCAGCCAUGCUGCUCUCCCAGUUACUGCACACCCUGUUACCAGACCAGCUGCUGCUGACCUCCUGCCUCAGGACCUCCUGCUGAGAACCAACUUUCCUGCUGCAGCACACCCUGCCACUAACCCUGCUGUUAUGGGUGUAGAUGCUGCUGCUGCAGUUGGUGGUGGGCCCAUGGGAUGGUGUAACUUUCUUACUGAAGAGACAAUUGCUAUUCCCCAAGCCAAACUGUGCAACAGAACCAGUGGUGCCCCACAUGAGCGUGGGAUCCUGUAG